CCCGGUGUUAAAACUUCAUUCCAACAUUCAUAGAAAAACGAAUAAAAAUUACUUUUGAACAUGGGUCGCAGUCAAGUGAGAAGGAAGCCGCAUUCGCUACGCUCCUUAACGAAUCAACAAAAUCAAGAAGAAUACUUCUUAACGCCGGAGGAGGCACAGCGAUCAUCUCAGGAAUGGUCGUACAUCUGGAAGAAACUUCCUUACUCAGAAUCCGUAGUCAGGAAGAACCAAUUGAAGGAUUUAAGUGCCUACGGCGAUUGGCACUUGCCGAACGGGAAAUUUGAUUUUCAGAAGACCGGCAGGGAAAUGCUGAUGAAUCUGAGUAAGGUCCCCUAUCCAAAUAUGUUUCAUCCGCCAGUGGCGUUAGACGUUAGGGGCGAUAGUUAUCUGCGUUUAAGUGGCAGGCCCUAUGUCACCUUUCCAAUAUUCGAAAGCGCAAUGCCGGAGAUAUAUGCCCGGGCAAAGGAGUUUAUGGAACCUCCCGAAUCGGAAGGAGCCGUGGGCUACGAUCUUUGGUACUAUGAAACCCCAUUUUUGAUCAAACGACGGUAUACUCUCAAAUUUCCAUUUGCUUCGAGCAACUUUUGUGGCGAUUCAUGGAUGGAUGGCCAUCGUUGCGCCAAAUUGUACGUUGAACUUAACAAUCCACUGGUGGACUAUGAAAAACUUCGUCGCUGUUCGUGGGUCAAAAAAUCCCCUGAUGGGUGGAAGAAAAUUCUAGCAGGAUUGAGAAAGAAAUCGGUCUCCCAGAGGAGUACAAGAUGGCUACGACCGCGAGCUGUGAUCAUCCAGAAUUCGGAAACGGAGGAGGUUGAGGAUCUGUGGGAGAACUAUAAGGAAGAUCAGACUUCAGGCGAUUAUUUUGUGGAGUACACUAACGAGGAAGUUGAAGUGGAAACAGAUGCAUCUUCGCCAUCAUCAUUUGCCGGGGAUGUCAAUCCGAAAGUAACACGAAGCCUUUCGGAUAUUAAUCAGGGCUACUCAGAAACCCAACAGAUAACCAGGCGCAGUCAUAGUUUAAGUCGUCUGUAAGGAUGAUUUUUUAAAAAAUAUUCACAAUAUCACAAAUGAACCACAUAUUUUAAAGUCACUUUCGCUAAAAUUUAUAGUUACCAACUGUAAUCUCAAGUAGAUUAUUCCCCAAAAGCACCUUUAAGAACACCAGCUCGCCAGCCCAUUCGAGAAACAAAAUACAAAAACCCUCUCCUUGAGACCCCCUAUUCGGAUUUCACGCAAUUAAAAAGACCAGCAGUUAAACGAGGAAAAAGAGCGGCAAUUGUAACAGGCGGCAAGCUCAUCGAUCAGUUAAAAUUAAUAAAAUACUCAAUAAAUGCGCUCACAAAAACGUGUGCAAACAAUCGA